AUGAUUUUAUGGGGAGCGAUAACACUUGGUACGACUUUUGUGAAAAAUUCUACACAAUUAAUUGUCGUUCGUUUUCUUCUGGGUAUGACUGAAGCUGGUUUUUUUCCUGGUAUUGUCAUCUAUUUGUCAUUUUGGUAUCGUAAACAAGAACAAAUAUUUCGAAUUGCUAUAUUCUUCAGUGCUGCUGCAUUGGCUGGUGGUAUCGGUAGCAUUUUGGCUUAUGGUAUUUCUAAGAUGGACGGUUUGGAUGGUUUGAAUGAUUGGCAAUGGAUAUUUUUGUUAGAAGGAUUGCCAAUUAUACCACUCGGCAUUAUGACACUUCUAUUUCUUGAUAGUUUACCAGAAACUGUUCAAUGUAAGUUAUAAGAUCAAAUAAUAAAUAAUCAAAUAUUUUUUUUUU